AUGUAUAGAUAUGGUGUUGAAUGUCUAUUUCGAUUUUAUACAUAUGAUCUAGAAAAACAUUUUCAUCAACAUGUAUUUGAAGAUUUUCAACAAGAAACCCUUUGUAAUCAUGAAGCUGGUCAAUUAUAUUGUUUAGAAAAAUUCUGGGCAUCUUUAAAAUAUUCUCGAGAAAAACCAAAAAUCAAUUCAAAACUUGAAAAAAUUUUAAAAAAAUAUAGAAAUCUUGAAGAUUUUCGUGUUGAUGGUGUAUCAUUUCCACAACAAUUUUUUCCAACAAAAUCAAAUUAUACAUUCGAAGCAAUUGCUGCUGCAGUAGCAAAGAACAGUGAUACAUCAAAUUCAUUAAAACCCAAUGAAGAAUUUAGUGUUUUAAGAAGAAUUGGUAUUGGUUUAGGUAUUGGUGGUGGUGUGAUUAAUUGUAUGCUUUAUAAUGUUGAUGAUGGUCAUCGAGAUGUUAUUUUUGAUCGUUUUCAAGGUGUUAAACUAGAUGUUAUUGAAGAAGGAACUCAUUUUAUGAUUUCAUGGCUUCAUAGACCAAUUAUAUUUGAUAUUUGUAGACGACCACGAUCUGUUCCAUCAAUAAUAGAAAUAAAAGAUUUACAAACAAUUAAUAUAACAUUACGUAUUCUUUAUCGACCAAGAGCUGAACUUUUACCAAAAAAACGUGCUGCUCAAUUUGGUUUAUUACUUGAUGAUAUUUCAAUUACACAUUUAAGUUUUAGAUCUGAAUUUACAAGUGCUGUUGAAUUAAAACAAGUUGCACAACAAGAUGUUGAAAAACAACGAUUUUUAGUCGAAAAAACUGAACAAAGUCGUCAAGCAAAUGUUAUUGGAGUAGAAGGUGAUGCUCGUACAGCUGAUUUAAUUGGCAAAGCUUUAGAUGAAGCUGGUGGUGAUUUGAUCGAAUUUCGACGAAUUGAAGCCGCUGAAGGUAUUGCAAAUCAAUUAUCAAAAUCAAGAAAUAUCGUCUAUUUACCACAUGGUCCUCAAAUGAAUACUAAAGCAUUGUAUUGUCCUGUUUUUUGUUCGAUUAAAGAAAAAGAAGAUCAGAUCAGCAAUUCUCUAGAUGUUAUUAAAGAUUCGAGUACGAUUGAAAUGAUGAAUUUCGAUAAUCUCUUUCGACGUUUUAUAUUAACUCAAUCAUUUGUACGUGGUUGGAGAAAUCCAUUUUAUUUACAAGAAACUUUUACCUAUCGACGUGAAAAAAUUGGUAAACAAAAAGGUAAUCAAAAUUAUAUAAAUGCUCGAUUUCGUUCACCACUUGCCAAUUAUUUACCACAUUUGGUAAUAGCUACAGCUCAUUUUCAACGUGUUCUAUCACGUGAUCAAGGUUUUAGUCGACGAAGGUUAUUUACUGCAGUCCCAUUAAUUAAUCAAUAUCCUAUAGGUUCAAUUCUUCUUGAAAAUCCAUAUUAUGGUUUAAGAAAACAACCAGAUCUACUGUAUUGGUGUCAAAAAAUGAAAUUAACAUCAGCUAUUCUACAUGGUUUUUCCCUUGGUGGACAUAUGGCUUCAUUAGCAUUUACAAAAUGGCCUGAUCUACCUUCUCGACAAUUCUAUAAAAAUAAAGCCUCUCAAACAUUUUAUGAUUAUUUACGUGAACGAAAUCGAUCAAUAGAUUCAAAUAAAAUUGUUCUCAAUCUUAUUAAAGAUAUGAUGCGUCUCCUUAUGGAUGAAUUUACAUCUUUAUAUAAUUAUUCAUGUUCGAUAUAUUUCUCAUGGAUAUGA